AUCAGCUGUGAUUUUAGUUUUGCUCUGUACCAAAACAACAGAAAUUUGUUACUACAUUUUAAGAUUAUUAUUCUGUUUAUCUGAUAGUGAAUAUAGUGUUGUAAAACUAUGGAAGCUUCCCCGGAAGAGGAGCCUGCCGUCAAGGAGGAACCGGAAGAAGCAGUAGAUUUCCCGUUUCCCAAAACCAAUGUAGUAAUAAGUGCGCUGGAUAUUGACAUUGUUUCGGAAAUGCAACAAAUCAGCUUUUUCUGCCGGUUAUGCCUGCGUGAGCUUCCAAAUCUUUUUCCGCUGAUAUCCCGCAUCAAUGAUGUUAUGGUUCCGGAAAUGGUAUACGCCAUACUAGGAGUCAACAUAAACAUCCGUGAUAAUCUACCGAAGAAAGUUUGCAUUCACUGUCUGACAAAGCUGGACUAUGCAUACAAUGUAAGAAAAGAGUUCCUGGAGAAUUUUCAUACACUGGAAGGUUUCGUCAAGUCCAAGCAUUCCAGCUUAGUUGAGAAUUUGAACAACUAUCAGCAAGGAACGCGAGUUGUAACAGAAUCGUACGCGGAUAAGAUUUUACGUGAAAACAGAGACAUUAUUAGGAUGAGGUUGAUUAAAAAGCAAGAAUACCUGUCGAGUUUAACAGGUGAAGAAACGAUCGAAAUGCUAGAUGAAUCAUUGCCAGUUGAAGAAUUCCAACCCGAACCGAUUAAGAAUUUCGAGGAAUCAAACAACAUAAAGAAUGAACCGAAUCAGCCAUCUAAUUGUUUCUUGGCAGGCUCUCUUAGCGAAUGUGGUACUGGUGGUGAAAGCGACAAUCCAAAUGACGUGACCGGAUUGAUUGAGACAAAUAACGCUCAGGAAUCCAGGAACAACAAACUAGGGAAACGACGUAACUAUGCAAUAAGAAAGAUGGAGGCGAAACUUGAUCCCAGUAAGUGCUAUAUAUGCCAAAAGGAUUUUACCACAGAAGAAGAGAUGAAAAUACACCUAUCGGUUCAUGUCUCUAUGAUUCCGUACACCUGUGAACAAUGUAUUGAAGAGGGCGGCCCAUCCAAAAAGCUCACAUCAAUCAUUUUGCUUCAUCGCCACUUCCGAAUGCAUGCUAGUCCCAUCAAGUGUACGAAGUGCCCAUGGCGGGUAUGUACCGCUGUUGCAUUGUACGGUCACAUGCAGAUGUAUCACCGAGAGGACACCACUGCUGAAUAUGCCUGCGAAAUAUGCGGUAUUAAGUUAGUGAGCAAAAGAUACUUUGACAGACACAUGAGUUCCCAUAGAGCUGUUGAGGAGGGUCGAUACACAUGUUCAACUUGCGGUCAUAAAUUUUCAACAAAAACUCGACUGACACGCCAUUCACGCUCGCAUACCAACGAAAGACCAUACAAAUGUAAAUACUGUCCAAAGACCUUCACAACUUCAACUAGCCAGAAUAUUCACGAGCGAAAUCACACUGGCGAGAAAGUCUUUGCAUGCAAAUACUGCGACGACAGCUUCCGCCAAAAGUACCAUUUGACAGACCACAUUGGUGCUGUGCAUCCUGAAAUGCGGGAAGCAGGAAACAAUGCCGCUUCCUGUGCAUCACAGAGCUAUCGUACCAAAUCCAAGCUUUUUCAACACAAUAUGAAGUGUGAAUUCGAGGGUUGUAAUUUUGUGACUGAAAACAGAGCAAAGUAUUACAGCCACAAAGCCAAACAUGCGCUGAAAUUUCAAUGCCCAUACUGUACGGAGCGAUUUCCCACCAAACAACGAUUGGAACACCACGAUUACGUCCAUAGCGGUAUCAAACAGCAUUGCUGUGAGCAGUGCGGAAAAAGCUUCCGUUACAAGAAUUGUCUUGAUGAGCAUCUGGCUGCCCACAAAAACGAACGUCCACAUGCAUGUGAAAUCUGUGGGAUGGCAUUCGUUCGCGAACGGACUCUGAAGGAGCACCGGCUGAAGCAUUCGGAUGAGUUGACCUAUUCCUGUCGUCAUUGCGACAAGAAGUUCAAAUAUUGUGCCGAUUUGUCUAAGCAUGUGCGUACCCAUACUGAAGUUUCCGCUAAACAGGAUAACCAGUAUCAGGAAGGGUGUACAGUUGGGUCGUGUAAGGAAGAGGAGAUGGACAUGGUAGAAUAACGUAAAGCUGACUGUGUGUAAACGGUUUGAACUAAAAUAGAAAGUUUUUGUAUGCUUAUGUUACGAUGACAACUAAUUGGUUUUUGCCAGCUUGUCGUAUUUUGAGCAUGAGACGUCGUAAAACCGAUUUCUUCUCCCACACUUAACUUUUAAACUAGGUUAAUCUGCUAUGUACUUAAUGUUACAUACUUAACAUAAUAAUUAAUUUAAUU